AUGGCUUCCACAAGGAGCGUAUGCGCCAACGCCCUCCGGGCAAGCAGCCAGCUCGCCCGCGCCCCGACAGCGGCGGCCACGACGAGACGGUCCUUUGCCGCCGCGGCGACGUCGACUCUCUCCGCCCGCGUCGUUCCGGGGAAGACUUCGACUCCUCUGCGCUCGAGAGCUGCUGCUGCAGUGACGACCAACCCGCAUGCGACAACGGCACGCUUCUUCUCCUCGGAGAAGGAGAGGGUGGAGGACGACUACCACCAGAUCUCGGCGAACGGGAGCAAGAUCUGGGACUUUGAGCAGAUGGCGGAGCUGGCAAAGGAUCCCGGCAACGUCGUCAUCGUCGAUGCCCGCGAACCACACGAACUAGUAGAAACAGGCCGCAUUCCCACCGCGCUCAAUAUUCCCGUCGCCACGGCGCCCGAGAGCUUCCUCAUCGCCGACGAGGACUUUGAGGACCGGUACGGGUACCCGCGCCCGAGCAAGGACACGGAGCUGGUGUUCUACUGCAAGGCCGGCGUGCGGAGCCGGGCGCUGGCGACGCUGGCGAGGGAUGCUGGGUGGUCCAAGGUCGGGGAGUACCCCGGGAGCUGGUUGGACUGGACAAAGAAGGGGGGAGAGGUUGAGAAGGGCGGAAAGCAGAUUGGGCAGGAUUGA